AUGGCGGAAUCAUGGAAUCUGCGGCAUCGGCAGCUCGAAGAGGAAGAAGAUACAUCUGCGUUCAGGCCCCUACAAGAUGAAGAUGACAUGUGGAUCCUGAUAUGUUCCAUUGGGGUAGGGCUGUCCCUUCUAUUUCUCAUCUUUCGAGUAUGUCGGGAUUGUUUGUUGGUGAAAGGGGGACAUACCAUCAAACGAUCUACAGUCAGUGCCCGGAUCGAAGAACAAGAGAAACAAAGAGACGCCAAAAUGGCAAAGAAGCGUCGGAAAGCGGAAAUGGCACAAGCCAGGAAGAUGCAAAAGAAAGAAAAGAAGAUUCGGAAAAAGGAAAUGAAAGGAGGCAACAACAGAGGUAUGGGCAACGGAAAGCGGCCACCUCCACCCAAGCGGUCACCUCCGCCCGAUCGGAACGACGAUAGUGCAAAAAGUGGAAAUCGUAAAAGAAUCCCAUCCAAAUCUUCCGAAGACUUUUCCGCAGCCUCCCCAAGGCCUAGGCCACCGACACGACGAGGCAGCAAUCAAUCUGAGGAUUCGACCGAGGUCAUCUCGAGUGGUCCACCUCGUCGGCAAGCCAGUCGAUCGAGAUCGGCGGAACCCAACAAAAUGAGAAGGGGCUCUCGAGGACCCCGGAAUGAAUCUUCCGGCGAUUCCGGUGACUUUCAAUUACCUCGUCGCCAAGCCAGUCGAUCGAGGUCCGCAGAACCCAACAAAAUGAGAAACGGCGCUGCCAAUAGUAAUAACUCAUCGACCGACAUCCCGACGCCAUCAUCAAUGCGAGGAAAACGGCCCGAUGGUGGCCCAGAAGGCCGACCAGUCAAUAGACCUGGACCUCGUGCGGUUGAAUAUGACGAUAGUGAUGAUUCGGAUUCCUCCUCGGAUUAUGUGACUGGACCACCUCGUUCGGCAGUCAAUGUUAUUGAUGAUGCUGACGAUUCGGAUUCUUCAUUGGAGUAUGUAACAGGACCACCUCGUUCGCAAGCAAACAACGUCAAGUCUUCGGUGCCAUAUGCACGACCUGAGCCACCUGCAGCAGCCGCCAAACCAACCAGAAGACCCAGCGGGAGCAGUUCUUCGGAAGAGUCCUUGGAGCCCUCUUCCUCGGAAGAAUCCUAUGAGGAGCUGCCACCGCGUCCUGCUGUGAAAAAGAAGGUUCCAGCCAAACCACUUUCCAAUCGGAGUCCGGUUCGUAAUGGACAGGGACAUGGCUUGAUCAACAAUGGUGAGCGAAAUGUUGGAACCAAAGAUCCAAAAAAGGUUGCCGUGAAGGGAUUCCUUGGAGGCGGGAGCUAG